AUGUCGACCUCACAGAUUCUUCUUUUCUCCCAGCCACGUACGGGGUGCCACCUGCUGGAACGCAUCCUUACGUCGAAGCAAGACAACGCACGACUUCUGGCACAUCCUGCGCAGCUGUCAGUCCAACCGCUCUCCAAAUGGAUGAAGUCUGAUUCGUUUACGGACGGGAUGCCUGAUGAUGUUCGGGUGGAAUAUGAAGAACACAUCAAACAGGGCAACAUAACCUGGGAACAGACGCUGGAGAAUACAGAGAAAGAGGGCAAGAUCCUUUUCAUGCAUACACACCCUUUCUUCAUUCUUUCACCAGACCGCCUGCUGGCUUCUGUCACCGCCCCAGGGGCGCUUCAAAACGACGGCCGGCCGAUAUCCCUCAUCCCCGAAAGUCUUCUCCUCCAUCCAGGCACUAUACCGCUGUUCACUAUCCGUCAUCCAGUUCUCCUCGUGCCAUCCUCGAUCCGCGGUAUAAAAAAGGCGGAAACGGGUGAGACACGAGCCAGCUUCAUCAUCGGAACCAGCCUCGGCUUCAGUCGCGAGAUAUACGACUGGUUUGUGGCCCGAGGAGUCGAGCCGGUCGUCGCGGAAGCGGAUGAUUACAUGACAAGUGCAGACUUCAACCGGCGCCUGGCGGAAAGGCUUGGUCUUGACCCGGCGCUGGUGGCUGUCAGUUGGCCGGAGACGACGGAAGACGAGCAGAAGCUGAUGCACCCGGUACUGCUCCGCAUGCAGGAGACGCUGGUCAAAUCCCAGGGCCUGGAUGCGAGCCGUGCUGCUAGGAACGUGGAUCUGACGGAAGAGCGGGCACGCUGGAAAGAGGAAUUCAGCGAGGAGGAAGUAGUAUUCAACAAGGCCAACGGUGAUGUUUCGGACCGCCUAGCAAGUCUUGAAGGGUCCGGGGACUUUGGCGUUGAAGACAUCCUCUCGGCGGCGAGUGGUGAACUGUCGAUCAUUCCCUCCGCACACCUGAGGACCGAAAAGGAACUCGGCCGUGGAACCAGCUUUCGAGUAACGAAAGAUAUCUACGACAAACCAAACAGCGGUGUUUCCCCAUACUAUGUUGCGGUCAAGAGAUCAAAGAUCUCGCUUGUGGAACGGCGAGAGCUGGCAUUAGACACUGCAUCGGCCUUGAAUGCGCUGCACAGCUGCCGUAUCAUACAUGGCGAUAUCAAACCGGAGAAUGUUCUCAUCUACGAUAACGAUGAUGUUGAGAGCUACCUGGACAACCAAGAGGUACGAGUAGUCAAUGAGGACGAGAGCACGCCUGACGGUAUAACAAGGGAUGUCGGAGGUUUGUUGCUUAUGAAACCAUCCAAAACGAAUGCACUUGAGAACAGAGGCCUGGAUAUUUUCAAGCUGGUUAUGGCAGUUGGUCAACCACCAUGGGCGGCCCAGUGCCAAUUGGCAAGUCGGAUGCGGACCAUCGCCAUACUACACAGCUCUGAUGACGCCAAAAAGGCUCAUGCCCAUCUACAACUUUCUGCUACGUUCCACCUAGGGUAUGGCGUGGAGCCUGACGCUUCUGUGGCCGUGACUCAAAUCAAGGCCUCGAAUUCAGCACGUUCACUAGCCAAAGAAUUCUACGAUCCAGUGCUCGAAGCCCUGCAAUCUUUGGCAAAAUCUGAUGACCAGUGGUGGGACUUGGGAUCUGGGAGCCAGGACAAAGCUCGGUACAGCAGAUACCUCCCAUUACGUCCACGCGAGACCGGAAUACCUAAAGCUGCCUUUGACUUCUCUCCAGCCCGCAUAGAUCCUAUUACUGGUCUGCGUGUUGAAGAGCCUCUCGAGACAAAGGCUGACACAACAAUAACCGACUCUGCUCUGACGACAGCCUGUCGAAACGGAAACUUUUCCAGCGCGAAGGAACUAGCAAAGAAGUCCAUUAAAUUCGAAGGCGACAGCGAUUCACCAAAUUUCCUACACUGGCUGAUUAUGUUCCAAGCUGAUCAAGCGAAAGAGCUUUUGCAAAUAUCAUUUGCCAACGAAUCCAGAGCAACUUCCAGCAAGAUUCUGCUUGACCAAGAAUCAAGGCCUCUCUUGUACUUCCCCAACCUUUCCCUAGAGCUAUUUGGAACUCCACUGCACUGGGCCGUUCGCACUGGAAACAUCGAUCUCGUCGCUCUCUUCAUUGAUUACGGUGCCGAUAUCAAUAAAGUGUGGCAAGGCAACUUCGUUUCGCAAGGUGAAAGCAGCUUGAGCAGUGGCGAUGCCCCGGUUGGAAGCAUCACAUUCCUUUUCACGCCUCUCGAGCUCGCCGUCACUCAUCACUUUUCGGACAUCGCAGAUCUCCUGCUUCGGAAAGGCAGCCUGGUAUUUCGCUCGGAAAAGUAUCAAACUUGGCAUCACUCCUGCUUUCACAUGGUUGGGCUCCCUGUGGUCCCAUUCGCUCGGUUCACCUCUCAUGGUGGUCUGUAUCGCGAGGCAGCUCGGCGGACGAUUCAAGUCCUUCAGGACCACGGACUAGACAUUAACGCGACAGACAACUUCGGCAACACACCAUUGACCCUGACCACUCAGUUCACCGACGUCGAGCCAUAUGUGUUGGAAGAGAUGCUCAAAGCUGGUGCCGGUACUAGCGCUCAAUUCGACUCAGCGGAAGGCAGCAUUAUGACCAGUUGCGCCAAGCACGGGGUUGACCGCCCACUCGAUACCCGGCGAGUCAACUUAUUUCUGCCUCUCGUCAAAGACCUCAACGUUCUUGACAACACUGAUGAUGGCCGGGGUGCAUUACAUUGGUGUGCAUUGUUCGACGUUAGUGGAGUAGCACGAGCUCUUCUCAACACUGGACGGGCGAGGGUAGAUCAACUGUCGCGAAGGGGCCACACGCCCUUGAUAGAUGGCGCGUUUCGCGGAAUACUAUCGACGAUAGACUGCCUGGUCCAGGCUGGAGCAGACUUGGAACUCCGGAGCAGGCAAGGUCUCACAGCGCUGCAGGUUGCUGUGUCUUCGCGACACUUGCAGACUGCAGUCAAGCUCAUUCAGCUGGGGUCGCAGGUCGAAACCGGGCAGAGCAAUAUCUUGCAUCUCGCCGUCACCAAUGCGAGCCAGAGAGGCUCGAUCGCCCGCGAGCUGCUGGAACAGUGUUCGGAGAAGCUCAAGGUUGCGCGGAUCCUGAAUGGAUAUGAGAACGAUGGCUGGACUCCGCUGCAUCGCGCUGCGUAUUUUGGUGACCUCGAUGGGGUGGAGGCUCUGCUUGACGCCGGGGCAGACCCACUCGCGUUCAGAUCGUCUCCAGAACUGCUCUACGGUGGGAACCCAUUGGAGCUGGUGAACAAACUUAGCAGAAGGUUUCAGACGGAAGGGCUAGGGAAAGACCAUGCCAAGGUCUCCGUCCAGGGCGACGCUGCUGUGAGAGAAUUCUUGCGGAGGAUUUCCAAAAUUCAACGCACCCUCUCAGUGUGGGUAAGUGGAAUGCAAUAA